AUGCCAAGGACGAUAAAGAAUAACUUGUUUACCUUACGGAUUCAUGCCCUUGCUGAAAUUCAUAGCAAAGAAAUAAAAACUUGCUGGAACAAUUCCAGCCUCAAGACACCUUCUGAAAAUGCAGCUUCAUGGGCUAUUCACAAUCUGCAGCAGGCUACUGCAAGUAGGCAUGAGAUAUCUGAGAGAGUGCUAGAUGGUGUGCAGCUAGCUUCUUGCCAAGCCUCCUCUAUUAAGACUGUGCUCAGCCAGAUAUCUAUGAUUAUUAGUAAUUACCAUGAUCAGGCAGCUAAAACAGAAGAAGCAGUAAAUGUGGAAGAUUUCCCUAUGUCAGAUGAUUUUAUGGUUAAAGAGGACAUUGUGGAUUACAAAUCCCCUAUCACUUUCAAGAAUUUCAUAAAUGAACCUUUAAUCCAGCCAAUUACACAACCCAUUCAGCAAGGUAUAACUGCAGAAGAAAUUCUUGAUGUCAAACCUGAACCUGUAACUGGAAAGACUGUAAGCAAAUCAGAAGCAGAAGUUACAACAACAAUGCUUCCUCCUUCAUCUAAAACCAAAUCCAUUCCUCCAAAAGUAAAAUAUGAAAAUUUACCAAAGAAACAAGAAUUAUCCAGUGUGGCCAAAGAGACUAAAGUGCCAGCAUCAAGAUUUGCUCGGCUGAUCAGUUACAGUGGUCUUGCAGCUGGCCUUGGCAUGGGGGCGCUGGCUGAAGUAACCAGACGAACGCUGAGCAAGAAAACUUCAGAACAAGCUGCCAACACUAUUCUUGGGCCAAGUCCUUUCCUAACUGAAGCAAACAUAGAACGAAUUGUGAAUACAUUAUGUCAGGUGAGGGGUGCAGCCCUCAAGCUGGGCCAGAUGCUGAGCAUUCAGGAUAAUUCAUUUAUCAACCCAGAACUGCAGAAAAUAUUUGAAAGAGUUCGGCACAGUGCAGACUUCAUGCCAGAAUGGCAAAUGAAGAGGGUGUUGAAUACAGAACUUGGUCAUGACUGGGAAAGUAAAGUGCUUUCCUUUGAUAAUAAGCCUUUUGCAGCUGCUUCAAUUGUGCAUGUUUGGAGGCUGCACAGUUUUAUAUUUCAAGUCCAGCGAACACAUACAAAAAUUCAUAACCCGGUUGAAUUAAUGAUGGCGUUGUGCACAGUCCGAUGUCUUGUCAAUACUACAACUUCGAUGUUGACUAAGCUGAGACUUUCACCGACAUGGGCUGCCCAAAAAUGUAAAAAUCUUAGCGUGUCACCCAGAUUGUUGUCAGACAGGAAAUAUCGGCAGUCACAUGAAUGGAUAUCUGUCUCUGAUAAUGUUGGAACAGUUGGUAUUUCCAAUUAUGCACAGGAGGCUGUUGGUGAAAUUGUGUUCGCCUCUAUUGCAGAAACGGGGACUCUUUUGCAGGCAGGAGAGAGCUGUGGAGAAAUUGAAAGUGUAAAAGCUGUUAGUGAUGUUUAUGUUCCAGUGUCAGGGACUGUGAUUGAGACAAACUCAAAUAUUCUUGACAAACCUAGUUUGAUAAACAGCUCACCACAUGAUCAGGGCUGGCUACUAAAACUAGAAUUGUCAAAUAAAGAAGAAUUAAAUGAUUUAAUGGAUGAAACUGCUUAUCAAGAAUUUCUGAAGACAUUUGAAUCCUGA